AUGAAUUCGAACGAUGGUCCGCUCAAAUUGCGUUCGCGUCUUGCGCGCAUCGGCAGAUGUGUGCGAUGCAGUCUGCGCUACGCAAUGCCCGUCGGAAUCCAUCUUCGCAACAGCAUCGAUGUGCGCGAUCUCAUCAAGAAUACGAUGCUCGACUUUGACUUUGCCAUCACGAUGCCAAUGAACCUAUUGGACAGAUUGCGCAAACGUGUCGGCCGCACACAAUUCUAUCGGGCCUUCUGGCAAGUGGUCGCCGAUUUUCCCGACUGCCACGUGGCUGCAAUGAUGUACUUGUACAGGGCGUUCGACAAAACGAAGACGACGGCGCAGCAAAUGUAUUUGUUCGGCGACAGUCUCGAAUUUAUGAUGGAAGGAUUCAUCGAGGUGGCGCAAGAUUACGACAACACGAAAGCGAUCGAGUACCUUCAGAGGUUCCUCGUCAGAGCGUUUCCUCUCGACGGACCACAUUUGAGCGAAGCCCAACUCCUCGAGCUUGUCGAGCAUUGCAUAUUCUUCGUGCUGCAUUCCGAUGGUCCGUUGGUGACGAGCUUCUACACAUGGAUUCUGAACUCCACAGAUCAUUCCGACUUGAGCUUUUUCUAUGAUCGAUCUUGCGAACUCAUUCUGACGGCGAUGAAUCGCUUCCUCAACGUGAACACACUGAAAGGAGCGAUCCAUCCGGAAUACCGCUACGUCGACAUUGCCGACGUCAAGAUCUACACGGAGAUUCUGUUGUGUCGGGUGCUGAUUCAGAUGCAGAAGCGCACCGAACUCGGGCGCGUGCUGUUCGUCAAGAUGUUCCCGCGACUCAUCGACAAAGCCGACGAGUUCCAUCGAGGGCCGCGCGAUUUCAGCGGCCGUCGCACCAGUCCCCAAUACCGUCGGAUGUACGAGUUCGAGCAGUACUGCGGCAAUCUCACCGAUCAGCUCGAGCCCGACUUCUUCUGGGAGUACGUGCUCGGCUGUUUCGAGUUGAUCGCUGACAAUCAGACCGACAACAUCUCAAAUUUUGCGAGGCUUAUCAAUGGAUGCUUCUUCGGCGCACGCUGCUUCGACAAUGAUUCGGAAGUUUGCGGUAUUAAAGUGAUUCAAGCGAUCAUGAGUUUCCUAUCAUGUCGUGAAAUGCUGACAAAAUGCUACCGGGAUGACAUUAUCACAAUUGCCGGAGUCGCUCAGAAAAUCGUGCUAAAUCUCAUCGAAAGAAUGCCCACGAAUGAUGAAGAAAGAGGCAUAUUAAUCGAUCUGCGCGAGCAAUGCAUUGCCGCUUUGUCGAUGGCCUGCGAGCUAUAUGUCCCAAAGCGAUCACAAAAUUACGUCGCCGGUCUCAACCACACAACCCAACUGCUUUCAAACUUCCUCAGUGUGCCCAUUGGCCCAAAUUUGGAAGGAAUCGAGUCAGAAAGAGUGUCCUCUUGGAUUUUCAACGUCUUAAGGGUGAUAUCGGUUCACGAAUGGCUCGUCCAGUUUGCCGAUGGCAAUCAUGGUGAUGCCCUCACUCGGGCGUCACUCCUCCAGUUUCUCAGUCACGCUUAUGUGAAGGCGAACGAGUUUGAGCGAACGUCGCUUCUGACGCGGGCCGAUCGCGCCCAUCUCGAUCGUAUCGACGUGUUCGCGACGGGCGUCGAAGCGGCGUGGAUCGGUUUGGAGCAACAGCAGAGUUUCAUGUAUCACACGCAGGUCACGCGAUUGAUACGAGAGGCGCAUUCGAGGAAUUCGGCGGAGUCAAGCAGCGAAAUUGAGAAUAUGAUAAUCGAGAGACUUUUGAGUGGAAAUAAUGCGAAUACCGCAAAAACAUUCAAAAAAUUGUACGAGGUCAUUCGAUCGGACAACGGGAAACCUUUUAACACAAUUCCAUUGAUUCUAUUCAAUAUUUAA